GCCAAUCCUGGCACCUGUGCGCCGAGCCACUGCACUGAGGAAGACCCCACUCCGGACGAACACCGGGCUUGAAGCUACGGACACCCAGCCCCUGUGCAGUGGGUUCUCGCCGGCGGUACCUGCAGCCGCCCACUCGGGCCACCGCCACAGCCGCCUGCAGCCGCGGAGCGCUCAGCCCCCCCAAGACGCCCGCUGCGCCCUGGCCCCUGGGGAUCCUCGCCCGGCACAGGCGCGGCCACCGGCAGGGGUUGUUACGGAGUUGGGUGCAGGAUUCGCCUUUCCUGCUCGUCUCUUCUCCGCCCAGGAUUUAUUGUCUGUGGAGCCUUCUGGGGGUGGGGAAGGAGCUGCGCCUCAGCAGCCGCCGCCGCUGCUGCGGCGGUCGCUAGCGCGGCGCUCAGGGCAGGCUGAGGCUGGGGAGUGGACGCGCUCCUGCCUCCCCCGCUAGCCCUUCGGGCUUCCCCUCGGCGGCUUCCUGCGGGAACCUCUCCAGCCGUCCACCUGAAGGGCACCGGCAUCAUGGUCUAACGUGACACCUUCCUGGAUUCCCCUCAGUCUCCUGUUCUUCCUACCUUCUACUCCUUCCCUCCUCUCCUCCUCCUUCGAGGACCCUGGCGCCCACUCCACUGCGGACACCUGAACACUUAAGGAAUAACCGUUGGCAGCUGCACGGCUACGCUCUCCGGAACCUCAUGGGCAGUUUCUCCCGCCGGCGAUGAUGGAGAACCUAAUAAGGGGAAGGAAUCCCCCGCAAUACCAGAGAAGUCCCUGUAAAGAGGUUCGUGCAGCACUUCGGAAGAGGCCUGAAGAGGAGUGAGCCCGCUACAUGAAAAAAAAUGCAAGUCAAAGUGGUCACAACCUAGAAGUCCGCAGAGACAGGAAUAACUAGCAAUGCAGUGCCUGGAGAUGACCACCAAACGGAAAAUCAUCGGCCGUCUGGUGCCGUGCCGAUGUUUCCGAGGUGAAGAAGAAAUCAUUUCAGUUUUAGAUUACUCCCACUGCAGUCUUCAGCAGGUGCCAAAGGAGGUCUUUAACUUCGAACGAACAUUAGAGGAGCUUUAUCUAGAUGCCAAUCAAAUUGAAGAACUACCCAAGCAAUUGUUCAACUGUCAAGCUCUACGAAAACUAAGUAUUCCUGAUAAUGACCUUUCAAAUCUGCCAACCACUAUUGCUAGUUUAGUUAAUCUUAAAGAACUCGACAUCAGUAAAAAUGGUGUACAAGAAUUUCCAGAAAACAUAAAGUGCUGUAAGUGUUUAACAAUUAUUGAAGCCAGUGUCAAUCCCAUUUCUAAACUCCCUGAUGGCUUCACACAGCUCCUAAACCUGACCCAGCUCUACCUGAAUGACGCCUUUCUUGAAUUUCUUCCAGCCAAUUUUGGAAGACUUGUCAAAUUGCGGAUCUUGGAGUUAAGAGAAAAUCACUUGAAAACUCUACCAAACAUCUGAAGAUCCAGAGUGUGCCCCUUGCCCAAUCGCCUGAGACUAUACAGUGACACCUACAACAGAGGAUGUGGAGGGAGCAGCUUUUCGGGCACCAGAAAUGGCAGCAUCAGGAGCAUCAGCACGAAUAGACUUUGUAGAGGUAGUUCUCCCAAACUAUAUUACGAAACCAAACAUUUUUGGUGCGCUACCUGCUGAUGGGGGCUGCCUUCUUACUGCGUAGUAUAUACAAAAUGUUUGGUCGUUGUUAAAGUUUAACAGUGAUAUUUCUAAUAGAGAGAGACCUGGGUUUUUUUUUCCAAGUAUGUUCAGUUGCCAUAACUUUCAAUGAAUAUGAAAUUGUAUCAUCUCAGAAAACAUUAAUACCCAUAUUUUUAUCUAAUUGAUUUCAAUAUUUGUUAUGUUAAGGUGCUGUUGUGUAUAAUUUUUGUAUAUUUUUUAAAUGGAUCAAACUAAGUCAUUUAGAAGUCAGCCUAAUGCAGUAAAUAAGAUAAUUUCUCUAGUUUGUGCAGUUCUUCAGAGACUAAAUAUAAUUGCCUCAUUUUUCUGUCAUACUCCUUGAUGAUGUUCCAUUGUGGACUUAUUUUGCAAAGUUCCCAGAUGGACCAAGUCAAAACAUGAAAUGCUGGUGAUUUAUUUUAUGUAUCCUUUCAUCUUAUGUAAUUUAAUGUGAAACAGUUAUUUUGUAGCUCUAAAAUACAUUUGUUAAUUAACCAUACUGGCUUUUUUGUGCAGUUCAAUGGCUUAUAGCAUUUCAAUUUGCAUACAAAAUGAGUCUCUGUAAUAAUAUUUUUGCUAAAUAAAUAACAUUCAACAUAAUGAGUGCAUUUGCUUUUAACCUUUUAUACACUUAAUUUAAAAGUAGCAUAUAUUUCCUAUUAAUAUUUUGAAAAGCUUGAAAUUCAACAUACAAAGGUCACCAUCUUGCUGAUGCCUAAUGCAGUACAGCAAAUUUAUUCUUCAUCCCAUAUUAACUCCUUUUGGAACAAGGCAAAAUACAAAUAGUUUAUAAUUAUUUUGUUGGAGCUUGAUUAAAUACAGUUCAAAGAUUCUUUUUAUAAAACAAGUAUAAGCAGGAUACAUUGAGCUUACUGGCUUUUCCUAUUGUUUUGCUUCUGUUUCAUUUUACUGUCUAGGAAAUAAACAUAUUUUUUGUAAAACCUAUGUUAUGGAGCUAAAAUGUACUUUCUUGAGUAUUCCUAUUCUGUUUUAUCAAUUUCAAUAAUAUGAAACAUAUAAAAUAUAAAACUGUCUUAGAAUGCAUAGCCCUUUGUAUAAAACAUAUAUCUGAAAGUAAAUGUUGAUUUUUUGUUAAAAUUGUGUAGAUGCUGAUUUUUCCAUGAAUACUUAUGAAGAUCUAUAUGUAAAAAUUUAAGUCUACUUAUUGUGUUUGUACAACCUUCUUUUUAGCUGUGUGUACUAUAUGCUUAUUGACUUCUGUCAUUUUCACAUAUAUUGCAUAUAUCUCUCAAAAACUAAAAGGUAUAUUGCUAUUCUAAAAACACAAAACUUCAAUUCCUGAUAUUGCUUUAGAAUCAGUUAUACUGUCUUAGUGUAGUUUUAUAAUGUCUUCUUAUGAAUUCUCAGUGCCCUUCAAAUGCCACCAAUUUAUUUAGCUUUCCGAAAUUUAUUUUAGAGAUUACUUCAAAAGAGAUUACUUAAAACAUUCUGUAGAAAGUAGCUUUGAAGAUUAAAGAAACAUUGCUGUUUUGACUUUAUGAUGUUCUAAGUAAGAAACUGGACUUUUCAUUAUUAAAGCUUAAAAGUCUUAUACAGCAGCAAUAAAAGUCUACAUCGUGCUCAGACUGUUGGAUAAUUAUUUUGUUGACAUAACCUUACUGCAGUAAACCAUGUUGCCUUUCUGGUCUUGAUAAUGUAUAACUGAAAACUUAUAUGUGUAGCAAAAAGGAAACAUUUCUUAAUGAAAAAAAUUAACCAGUAAAUGGAAUAGCUGUUAUAAAAGCCAAAAUGUUUUAAAACUUAAUCAGCAGAAGUGAUUAUAAAAGGUUAAAAUAAAUACAAUUGAAUAUAAGACGUGAUUUAUUUUUGCCCACUGUCCAUGUUAUAUGUCUUGGUUAGUGCUCCAACAAUCAUAAGUGAUUGUAAAUUCAUUCACAAUACUUAUGUGACUCUAAUCUUUUAUUCUGAGAGGAAUCAUGCAUACCAACUUAAGAAAAUAUUGACUGUGUUUAUUUGUAAAUUUUCAUAGAUUUUCAGCCUCAAUAUACACUUUAAAAAAAGGUAAAAAUGAAUUGUGUUUAUAUGCAUUUAUUGUUAUUGAAAUAAUUUUAUUGAAAAUAUACGCUAUUGAUUAUACAUUCAUGAAUUGUAGGAUAUGCUUAUUAAAUCAGAAUUUAGCUAAACAUAUUCAAUUAAAAAACAACAACAACAAAAGACCCUUUAGAAGAAAGCGGUACAAUAUGUGGUUACCCAUUCCUCAAGAUACAAAUACCAUACAGCCCUUUCCUCCAUAAUAUUAGACUACUCUCAGGAACCUGGGGCAUGAUGUGAACGCUACACUGUAUUACCUUUCAUCAUUUUAUUGGCAUCUCAUGAAGAGGAGUCAGUUGUUAUGCCUUUUAGGAGUGCCUCAGAGAAUAGUAAUACAUAUUUACAUAUUCCUGUAUGUUUCUCAGAAGUUACUGGUUUCUGGAGCUUCAUUAAGAAUUUUUCUACAUGUACUCUACCAGCCUAUUUUUUGUUCAUAUCAAACUUUGCCAAUUAAGCUUCCUGCUAUUUUGUCUUAUCUUUUUAAUCAAAUCAACUUUUCUUGAGCCAAAACUGACAGAUCUAAAUUUUGUCGCCAAAAAUUAUGAUUAUUUUAUCAAUUUUUUAAAGGAAGGAACAUUAGGCAUAGUCAGUUUUAUUUUGUGUCACUUCUUUCUGCCACUAGCAAUUAAUAUAAGUUGAAUAAAGACUGAUGAUCUAUAUUUAUUCAUUGGCAUAAAAAAAACUAUUACCAGGGCAAAAAUAUAGCAUGUGGAGGUCUAGUAUAGUAAAAAUAAUAAUUUCAGAACAAAUGGGUUUAGAACAGCAUAAGAGUGUGGAAACUACAUAUUGCUCAAAUCUCAAUGAGGUAAAAAUCUUGUAUUAAACUAGUAAUUCCUCCAACCCUCACACACGUACAACUUCCUUUGAUUUCAGCUGUGUUUUAUGUAUGUAUACAACAUCUAAAAUCCAAAUUCUUCAUUACCUCUUGUGCUUGGGCAAAUUUUAGAGAAAAUGCAAAUCUUUAAUUCAAUCCAGUUCAAUAAACAUUUAUUGAGGACUGACUGUGUCAAGCACAGGGAUUAACACUAGAGAUGCCCAUACAAAGAGCCCCUGCUGUUCAGCAGCUUAAGGUCUCAUAAGGAAUAGAGACAAGUGAAGCAUUACAUGCAGUACAGCAUAGUACAUAGAAUUAUGGAGAUGUGAUGAAGGCCCAGAAACAGUACAGAGAAGUUCUGUUUCUUAGUCCUAUCUGUAAAGGUGAUUCCAGGUGAAGCCGAAGGAAUCUUUCGAACCAUAAAUCGGAAUUUUAAAAUGGGCAAAGGAGAAUGAGUGUUGCUCACAGAGGAAACCCCAUGUCACAAAGGGUUGAAUAUGUAAAAUAGAAAGCAUGAGGAAGGAGUAACCAUGAGGUAGACAGAGGAAAAACUGUGAAGGGGCUCUUAUGCCAUGAUUGGACUUUAUUUUAUGGGCAAUAGGUUUUGAUGAAAUGGUUUUAAGUAGAGGAAUGACAAGUUAGAUCUGUGAGUGAUGGGAUAAAAUUGGUUACAUAAGAAAUCAUGCUGUCCUUGGUAAGAAGGCAUAAAACAAAGGCCACUCUGGGCCAAGUGUAGUGGUAUACACCUAUAAUCCCAGUGCUUUAAGAGGCCAAGGCAGGAGGAUCACUUGAGUUUAAGAGUUUGAGGCUACAGUAAGCUAUGAUCAUACCGCUGCAAUCCAGCCUGGGCAACAGAACAGGACGCUGUCUCUAAAGCUGCUUGGACAAUUCUUUUUUCAAAAAUCAGCUUUACUGAGAUGUGUGAAGUACAUAACAUAAAACUAAUUCAUUUUAAGUAUACAAUUCAAUUUUUUUUGUAGAUUUACAGAGAAGUGUAAUUAUCACAAUUCAAUUUUGCUCAUUUCUAUUACCCUCUGCCCAAAUCCCUCCUGCUUAUUCACAGUUAAUCCUCAUUCUAAUCUCAUUUCCUACCCUAGCCCCAGGUGACUACUAUACUGCUUUCUGUCUUUAUAAAUUUUCCUUUUCUGAACAUAUAAGUGGAAUUAUUCAUGGAGUCAUCUUUUGUGUCUGGUUCCUUUCACUGAGCAUAAUGCUUUCAAGGUUUCUGCCAGAUUAUCAUUAGACAAAUAAAAUAGACAUAUUUUACUCCUAAAGAGACUAUGAAACUGGGAAAAUAAGACAUGUGAUAAGAAGGUGGUGUGAGCCUAUCAGAGGAGUAGAGGUGGCAAGAGAUUGAGGGACCAAGAUAGUGAGGGCAGGGUGGCAGGAAAAAAGAAUCUGUUGGAGAAGAAGACUCAGAAGUGCACAGUUAUGUGAAAAUAGAAGAAAACGUGUUGGAUAUUUUAGUAAAAUUGGCUGAAGACUAAAGAUUUGAACUGUAUAGCCUCCCUACUUCAGAGAUUUAAAAUAAGUAUUUGUAAAGAUUGGACUUCCCGUUUGUGGUUACCACUGCAUUCUAGAUACUAGAGGUAUCACAAGCUUUGUUAGUUUCUUUGGAGAAGUCACUUCUCCAAAGAAUGCUUACCUUAGAUAAAAAACAAGAAUACACUUAAAUCAUGACAGAUUGACAUCUGCAGUCAAAAUAUAAAAGGGCAAAAGUGCAUCUAGAACAAGCUGUGUUAUCUUUGAAAAGCCAAUGGGGAGCCAACGGGACAUUGUGAUAUUCACAGUGAGAUUGAAAUUACAGCUUUUUUUGAAGAAUGCAAUACUGAUUUAAGGAUACUUGUUCAGAUGAAGAAACAGACUUGUGUAGCAUGAUGAAGCCACUCAAGUCAUAAAAAUUUUUAAAAAGGCUACUGGCAAAUUUUCUGAGUCUAUAUUCAAGAUCCACUCUACUAACUAAGAAUGGCUCCCUUGCUGAUUUGACUGUUACUGUAGGACUGAAGAUAAAGCAAAUUUUGGAGUUCUUUGUGUGAUCUACUAGUUACUAGAAAAAUCACAGGUUUACAGUGCAGCUAAUGGGAUAAACAGACUCUGAUUUUAGGGCAGUGAAGACAUUCUGCAUAAUGGAUAAUGAUGCUAUAUAAAUAAAAGAACAAGCUGUGUGCGAUACAUAUUUACUCUGAUAUAUAUUUAUAUUCAUAAAUAUAUAUUUUAAAGAUGUGUAUGUGCAUAUAUAUAUUUAUAUGUACACAUAAUUGUAUGUAUAGUGUACAUUUGAUGGGUUGGGAGAAAUGUGUAAAAGCAUCUAUAAUCCAUCCAUGAUGGAUACACGUCAUUACACAUCUGUCCCAACCCAUCACAUGUACACCAAGAGUGAACCUUAAUGUAAACUGUGGACUUUGGGUGACUAUGAUAUGUAGAUGUAGUUUGUCAGUUGAAACAGUGUAUCACUCAGGUGGGAAUCACACAGUACAGAAAGCUCUGCAUGUGUUGGGUUGGAGAGUGUAUGAGAAAUCUCUGUGCUUUUCUCUCAAUUUUGCUGUAAACCUAAAACUGCUUUAAAAAAAAAAAAAAAAAACUGCACACUGGACAGAAUAUGCCUGCCUCUUAGUUGUUACUAGGAAGGGACAAACAGAAAAACAAAGAAGCCACUAAGUAGGAAAUCUGAAAAUCUCCAGGCCUAAUGUCAUGACUGGCCUCAGGCCAAGAGCUAUCUGAUGAGUGAAAUUGGAGCCUCAGAAGACAGGACCAACGAUGGUUUCUGAGAGCCUGCUGAAAGGACCCUCUCUCCAGAAGCACAUUUGCAAACCCCUAGGAGUGGGAAGUGGUCCUGCCAAGCACGGUUCCUAUAGGGACACAGUGGUCUGUUGUGGCCUCAAUAUGAAUGAGAGAUUUCUCAGCGCUGGUUAGAAAUACUGCAGAACCACCGGGCAGAAUGGUGCAUGCCUGUAGUCCCAGCUACCUAAGAGGCUGAGGCAGGAGGAUUUCUUGAGCCCAGGAGUUCUAGGCAGUAGUGCGUUAUGCUGAUCAGGUGGCAACACUAAGUUUGGUGUCAAUAUGGUGACCAUCCUGGAGCGAGGGCCCACUAGGUUUCUAAGGAGGGGUGAACCAGCUCAGGUUGGAAACAGAGCAUAUGGUCAAAACUCCCAUACUGAACAGAAAUUCUCGGGAACAAUCCCAGGUUAAGGACUGCAGAUUCAUAUCCUAGGCCACGGAGUCAGGAUCCCUUGCCUUGGUCAAGGUGGACAGGACAAACCUGGAAUCCUGAAGGUUGGUCUUGUUUGCUUCUGUUAAAGUAAUAAGAAGCUAUAAAACUGACUCUAUUCUUUAAAAGAGAGGAGGUUAACUACUAAAGCAAAUGUGUUUUAAUUACAGGAAGUUGGUAUUUCUCUGGCAAAUACUCCGAGACACUGGAGAAGUGUUUGCAUACUCUGAGCAGGGGAGAAAAAGAAGCAAAUUAAAAUGGAUGAGAUAAAAUGGAGAUUUUUGAAUUUUUCCUUCCUCCUUGCCCACUUUGUUCUCUGCCUCCACUUUCUGAGAGAAGAAAAGACAACAGUCACUGUAAGAUGCCCUCAAAUAAAAGUCAAAGGAGGAGAAUUAGUCUGCUUUGUGGACUCCAUGUGGGAGCUGGAGGUGAGGGGACAUCAGGAGCUCUCACUGUAGGAAUUUAGCACUCAGCAAGGGGAUAAUCAGGGCAGAAGAUGGGGUAGAUGUGAUGUCAGGAAAGAGAGUUCCUUGAAUAGGAGAAUAAGGUUUUCCUAGGAGUUUUGGUAUGCUAUGCAGUAGGAUAGAAAAUAUCAAUAAAAACUGCUGUGAGCCAAGUUCAUAGAUCCCUUUCAAUGUUGAAAACAGCCUCAGGACAGAAAUUGCCAUUUGGGAUCUAUGUUUCUCUAAGUAGUCUUUAUGAAAGCAUCAUAGGAAUGAAUUCAAAGGACAGGGAGACCAGUUGCUGUAAUCGGGACAAAAGAAGGAAAGCAUAGUAAUAGGGAUGAAGAAAAGUAAACUGAAUUGAGAGACAUUUUUGGAAAUGAAAUUCAAAUAGUGUAGCUUAUUCUUGACAUAUGUAAG